AUGUCCGGAGAUUCGCCAGAUCCAAACAAUCGGUCCUCGCCGCCUGUGUUGAACAAGAAGACAGGUAUCGAUUACUGGGAGCGCUUCCCAUUGGACUCCGUGGACAACAUUCGUCGAUGGCAGCAGGAUUGCGCACUACACAGCCACUUCAAGGACGAACAUCGUUCCAGCAUGAAUGGCUCCCGACCGAGCUCUGUUGAUUUCUCAGGUGAUCAUAUACCGAACCGGAAGCCAGCAUCAAUGCCACAGUACCGAAGCAUGAGUAAUGACUCGUACCGUGGGGGCCAAGACUUCGGAAGUGUGUCAAGAAGCAACUCUGGCUUCAAUGGAGUUCCAGUCUCCCAAACAAGCGGCUUCGACAUGCAGUCACAGACAGCAUACGCCAGCAAUCCAACCUGGCCGCAACAGCAACAUCACGUUCAGCAAAAUGGCAUCGUGUCGCAACCACAGCAACAACACAGCAUACAUCGUCAGUCUCUUCCACAACAUCCUCAUCACCAACAUCAGCAGCAUAGCGCUAUGAAUGGCCAGAUGAAUAUGGCCGCUGUCAGUGCGCCCAUGGAGGUGGAUCAUGGCGGUGCAUUCUUCUCCGGUGAGGUCAAGCGUCAUUUGUUCUGGUAG